AUGAAGCUCCAAACUUUGUUCGCCGUCGUCGCUCUCGCCCUUACUGCUCAAGCCAGCAGCAACAGCACCAAUGCUCCCGCCACAGACCGGAAAGGUCUCGCUUUCACUCAUCACCCCCGGAGCUGGCUGAAUGAGACGUCCAACGAGAUUUCGACUCUCAACAAGCGGAAUGGGACAGUUGCUCGCAGCGUCAACAAUGGAACUUUGCAUAACUAG